UGGCGGAGGGCGUUUCCGCUCCGGCAACCGGAGCCCCGCCCCUUCCACCUGAGCCCCUCCCCCUUUGGCCUCUGACUGAGAGUGAGGGUGUGAGCGCGCGCCCCCGUGGUUUCCUAGGCGACGAAAUACACACGACGCAGGGGCUUCACAAGGGAGCGAGCGAGGAUGUGAAUAAGAAUGGACACAUUAUUUAUUUGCCAGAUUCUUUAUUCCUGGAUCUCAUGAACUUAUAAUCUCGGGAAGACUGUAUAUUAAAUAAUGACACACCAGUCACAAAUCUAACAACGUUUUGAAGGAAAAGAAAGAUUUUUUUUUUAAAAGAAGGGUACAAGUUUCUUCUCUACAAGUGAACAAUUUAAUUUCAUAACUUUGGCUGCAUCCAUUUUUCAAAAUGAACCGAUAUACAACUAUGAAACAACUAGGAGAUGGCACCUAUGGGAGCGUACUUAUGGGAAAAAGCAAUGAAUCUGGAGAGCUGGUGGCUAUCAAAAGGAUGAAAAGGAAAUUCUAUUCUUGGGAUGAAUGCAUGAGCUUGAGAGAAGUUAAGUCUCUGAAGAAACUCAAUCAUGCCAAUGUGAUUAAAUUGAAAGAAGUUAUCAGAGAAAAUGACCACCUUUAUUUUGUGUUUGAAUAUAUGAAGGAAAAUCUCUAUCAAUUAAUGAAGGACAGAAACAAGUUGUUCCCUGAGUCAGUCAUCAGAAACAUUAUGUAUCAAAUUUUGCAAGGACUAGCUUUUAUCCAUAAGCACGGAUUUUUCCAUAGAGAUAUGAAGCCAGAAAAUUUGCUUUGUAUGGGUCCAGAACUUGUAAAAAUUGCUGAUUUUGGUCUUGCAAGAGAAUUAAGAUCACAACCACCAUAUACUGAUUAUGUAUCUACCAGGUGGUAUCGUGCCCCUGAAGUCUUGUUAAGAUCUUCAGUGUAUAGUUCUCCCAUUGAUGUGUGGGCUGUUGGGAGCAUAAUGGCUGAACUAUAUACAUUGAGACCUCUUUUCCCAGGGACAAGUGAGGUAGAUGAAAUCUUCAAAAUUUGCCAAGUGUUAGGGACUCCCAGAAAGAGUGACUGGCCAGAAGGGUACCAGCUUGCAUCCUCUAUGAAUUUCCGCUUUCCACAAUGUGUUCCUAUAAAUUUGAAAACACUAAUUCCCAAUGCAAGUAGUGAAGCUAUACAACUUAUGGGUGACAUGCUGAAUUGGGACCCAAAAAAACGACCAACAGCAAGCCAGGCUUUGAAAUAUCCAUAUUUUCAAGUUGGUCAAAUAUUAGGCCCUCCUCCACAGUACUUGGAACCAAAGCAAUCUGUGAAUAAACAACUUCAGCCAAUAGAGCCAAAACAAUCCUUUGUUGAAUUAGAACUUAAACCUCCACCAGAUGACCAGGUCCAGCCACAUCCCCAACAAAAAAUUAGCCAUCAGCCACUACAACCAAUUCAGCUGCCACAGAACUUGCCUGCCCUGCAGCCUUCAAAACAGCAACCUCACCAAAAACAUCAAGAACCAUUAUUUCCAAGUAUUGUCAAAAACUCAUCACCUAAGCACAAUGUUGCAGUGGGUCACAAAAAUGGUAGAAGGCGUUGGGGUCAGACUGUGUUCAAGACUGGAGAUAGCUGGGAAGAUAUUGACGACUCUGAUUUUGGAGUCUCACAUUCCAAGAAGCCCAGCAUCUCUGUUCCAAAAGAAAAGAAAAAAAAGGAUUUGGCAUUUAGCAUACCAGAACCCAUACCCUCAGGCUCCAAUCAGUCAGGAGGGGAAAACAGGAGUUUGCCUGCUGCUAUCUUUAAAAAUGACCCUGAUUUGUCAUCUAGUUCAGCUGCCAAACAGUACUACUUGAGACAAUCAAGGUAUCUUCCAGGUGUCAAUCCUAAGAAUGUGUCUUUGUUGACCCAUGGAAAAGAAGGAAACCAAUAUACCUGGAAUAAUUCAAUAUUUUCCAAACCACUGGGGCCCAUUGGUGCAGGACUUGCUUUCAACAGGUCUAAUGCAGAAGAAAGCAUAAUUAAACCAAUUGAAAAACUAUCAUGCAAAGAAAUGUUACCUGAAAAAAUAGAGGAAACAAAAGGAAAAUUUGGAAGUUAUACUACUUAUAAUCAGCCAGGAUAUAUCCCUUCAUUUCACAAAAAAGAAGUUGGCUCAGCUGGCCAAAGGAUACACUUAGCACCUCUUGGUCCCACAACUUCAGAUAAAUCUACAGCCGGUGAUAGGAGGAAAGAUUAUGCCUGGAACACAAAAACUGGUCGGACCCAGUUUUCAGGCCCCACUUACAAUCCUACAGCAAAAAAUAUAAAUAUUUUAAAUCGUGCACAUCCAGUUCAUUCAGUGCAUGGAAGAACAGACUGGGUGGCCAAAUAUGGAGGCCAUCGGUAGGAGGGUGUUUCACAAUGCCCUCCUUGUGCUAGGACAGUAUGUUCUAUACUCUGGGAAAUGUCUACAAAUGUUUAUUUCCACUGAUUUCUGGGAGAAAUAUGCCACAGUGGAUAGUUUAAAGGCAAAAAAUCAUCGUGUAUUUUGUUCCAUCCUUAGAAAUGAAAAACACAUCUCUUAGCAUUGUUGUCUCCAACACUGAUUUAAGGGUAGAAUUUUACAAAGUAUUGAAUAAACUUUGCCAAAGUAUCAAGUAUUUUGAUCUACAAAUGAAUAGAUAAUAAACACUACAAGAAAUUUUUUUCUUUUUAAAAACUCCUGAAACUUGGGCCUUUUUUAUACCCUAAACAUUUUCUCCUUGUUGCAUUGUUUUGGAGGGAUUAGCCUCAGAUUUCUAUAUUUAUCUGAAAACUCCUUUAAACCCUGGUAGGCUCUGGGAGAUGCCUAUUUGGGCAAGCCUUUUCCUACUGUAUUGACUGAUGGAAUUCAAAAAAAGAUGACAGCUUGCUAUUUUAUGUUUUCUAUUUUAUAAAUACUAGACAGUGGUCAUUUUAACCUUCCACAAAUAAAUAUUUUUUCUAAGGAGGCUAUAAUUAAUACAGAGUAUAUCAAAAUUAUGCUAUGAGGAUACAGUAGAGGAAGAUUCUAUAUACUUUGUGUCCGGUCUUAUCUAACUACAAAUGAUAUGUUCUGGCGACUGUAAAUUUCAGUGGCCUGAGGCCUUCCAAAUUAAGGAUAUGACACCAUCAAGAAGGUCCCGAAAGUUAUGUUAAAUUUCUUUUCACCAGCCUUAUGGAAUGUUAUCACUGUGUUCUAUUGAAAACAAAUAUGAGAUAUGUGAUCUUGUUCCUGAAAGUAAACUGUUGACAUUGUAGAUCACUGGCUACACCCUUUUCAUUUGACCUGAAAAGCAAAACACAUUCAUUUGCUGAGGCAACAAUGGCACUGAAGACAUAUUUUUAGUAGUUUUAUUUCAGAAUCUGUAUUUAAGGUAGACAUCUUAAAGUUUGUACUACUCUAUGUAAACCUGCCGCUUUGUUAUUCUUUUAAGAUAUAACAAUGUUAUCAAUUGAUAUUUUUAUAUAUUUUAAUACUUUGUAAAAAAUGUAGCUGUUAUUGCCAUCAUCUCGUGGUUCUGUAACUUGUGAGCUGUAUCC